UUUCCCUUAAACUAUGUUAUGAACAAGACAAAAACCAAACAAUAAAUUUCUCAAAAACAUGAAUUUAAGUCCAUCAAAUUCUUACGGAAAUGGACUGCUAUUUGCUGGAUGGAACCAAGAUCAAGGAUGUUUUGCAUGUGGAAUGGAAGGAGGGUUUCGAGUUUAUAAUGCAGAUCCAUUAAAAGAAAAGGAAAGACAGGAUUUUGCUGAUGGAGGUAUACACCAGAUUGAGAUGUUAUUUCGAUGUAAUUAUCUAGCACUAGUAGGAGGUGGAAAAAAUCCUAAAUAUCCACCUAACAAAGUAAUGGUUUGGGAUGAUUUAAAGAAGAAACAUGUGAUAGAGUUAGAGUUUUCUACAGAUGUAAGAAGUGUGAGAUUAAGACGUGACAGGAUAGUAGUAGCUCUCGAUACCAUGAUCAAAGUUUAUACAUUCACACAAAAUCCACAACAGUUACAUGUGUUUGAAACAGGCAAUAAUCCUAAAGGAUUAUGUGUAAUGUGUCCUAACAGCAGUAAUUCAUUUCUUUCUUACCCUGGUCGAAAGCCAGGCCAUGUCCAAGUGGUGGAUUUAGCAGACACAGAAAAGUCUCCAUUAGAUAUACCAGCCCACGAGGCACCAUUAAGUUGUAUGGCAAUGAACUUACAAGGCACAAGACUAGCUACAGCGUCAGAAAAGGGUACAUUAAUAAGGGUGUUUGACACCAGUACAGGAACACAACUUCACGAACUACGUAGAGGAGCAAACAGCGCAAAUAUUUAUUGUAUUAAUUUUAGUCAUGAUUCAUCAUUACUGUGUGUAUCUAGUGAUCAUGGUACAGUUCAUAUAUUUUCUACAGAAGAUCCCAAGAAAAAUAAACAAUCUAGUCUAGCUUCAGCCAGCUUUCUCCCCAAGUACUUCAGCUCAAAAUGGAGUUUCUCCAAAUUCCAAGUACCUGGAGGUUCACAGUGUAUAUGUGCCUUUGGUUCAGAACAAAAUGCUGUUAUUGUGGUUUGUGCUGAUGGAAGUUAUUAUAAAUUUGUUUUUAAUCAAAAAGGAGAAUGUACACGGGAUGUCUAUGCACAGUUUUUGGAGAUGACAGACGAUAGAUCGUAGAAAUUGUUUGAAUGGAAGCAUGAAAGUGAUUUAAGAUCAAAAGUGCAAUGUUAUAUGAACUACACAAUAAUUGUACAAAUUUUACACAAUCUUUUUUAAUUAGUCACAUCAAGUUGAUAAUCUGAUUAAAAUAAAGACCAAAUAUUGCAUUAACUUAACGUAUUGAAACACAGACUAAAUCGCUACAUAGUAUUUCUUGAAACCACUUCAAGAAAAUGUUUAUUGUCAUUAAAUUACCUCAAUUCUCUUUUAUAGCUCUACAAAACAGCUGCAUUUUGGUUAAAUAAAACUGAGACAUGAUAAUAAUGCAGAACUUCUCUUCUAUGAAUGGAUGUUUGUGAAUCUUGUUUGAGUAAUACAAUUUAAUUAGGAGUGGGGGGAUGGGACUGAAUGGAUAAUGCGUGCUCAUUGCAUCAUGAGGUCAGUCAUUGAGUCAAGUGGUGUGAUUUGUGGGCUUUCUCUGGGUCCUCCGGUUUCCUCCCCUAUAUGUAAGUGAAUUAUUGAAAUAAAAUUGUAUAUUAGUCCUGAAAUGAACUAGUUUGUUUGUGUUGACGAAAGCCCAUUCAACUCUUUAUUCUUUAUUAUAAUCAGAUUGUCAAGAUGAUCAACUUCAUGUAUAAACAUCACAUGUAUAUGUAAUAUAUAUUAUUAUUAGGGAAUAUCCACUAAACCAGCGCCUAUUUGAUGAAAUCCCCUCCCAUAUUUUUGUUAGUAUAUGGAGUAAUAAAACUUAAUUAUAUACCAUGUCCUCCUUAAUCUUAAAUGUACCAUAUAUUUGUAAUGAUCAUUAUAUUUAAGAUAUAUAUUAGCUAGAAAUUGCUAAAUGUUAUGGCUUUUUCAGUGUUUUAUCUAUUAUUAUACAUGGCUAUGUACAUAGUUUGGAUUUGAUAAGCAUGAGUUUGGCUAAUUUGUUUUUCUUCUAGAAUGGUACUAAAUUCAUGCGAAUGAUGAGAUUAUUAAAGAUACAAAAUUAAAAAAUGAAAUUGAUGAAAAUAAGAUGCUAUUGUAGAGUAAAGUGGGCCUGAAAAUAAUGAUUCUAGUUGUGCCUGAAAACAUGUCUGGCACUAAUGGCAGACAUAUUAAUGAUAUCAAGAAACACAUAAAUCAAUGCCAGACAAAAUGAUAGACACCAGAGGGAUUGUGUCUGACAAAAUCUGAAUUUAUGCCUAUCAAUAUCCGUGACCGGUACCUUAUUUCAAGGCUUGGUUUAAAGGAGUUUGUGUUUUCGUAUAUUUAUUCUUCAAUUAUUAUAUUUCUUAAAGAUGCAAUAUGCAAGAGUUAAAUCUGUCUUUUGCAGGUCUUUUUUCUGGCUUCAAAUGUUAUAUGAAUUAUUAUUUAGACAUUAAUUCACAUGACAAGCUCAUAAUCAACUCUCUAGGACAUCAGAUGGCCAAGAUAUUGAAUGGAUUAUCUGUGCCAUAUACCACUUAAAAUUAAGUUGGAUGUCACUCAAUAAAGGGACUGAAAAGCAAGACAUCGUUUAUUCUCAUUGCAAUGGUACUUGGCAAUUGGUUUUUUCUUGUUAAAACUUCAAACACUCAGAAUAAGGUAAAUUGACUUAAAUUGUCCAAAUAUUCAUAUUUCAUUAUCUAUUUUUGAACUACUAUAUCAAGAAGGACAGCUCUUUAUCUAAUUAUUACAUAAUGUAUCUUUAAUAAUUUAUUAAUGACUACUAUCAGACUUUCAACUGAGUCAAUUUGAUGUUGAUAACAACGAGGUAAUUAAUACAUACCAUAUUUUAUCAACGAGUUAUGUUUUCAAUAGCUCGAUUUAUUGAUACAUGUAUCAUGAGCAAGUUUAUUGACAACUUAUUACAACUUAUUAUCUCAUACCAGUGGUAUGCAGAAAGGGAGGGUGUGGGCAGAGUGGGUAACGGCCCCGGGCUUUCAUUUCAGUGGGAACAUCCUAUCAAAGAAUUAAGUUUUUGAAAUUUGAAAUUUUCACUGUUAAUUUCAUUGUACAAGCUGGUGUGAAUGUGGAUCUGUUUUAAUAAGUGAAAUCAGAGUAGAGAAACUGAAAAAAAAUGAAGUAGUUCAAGUGUUUUCUGGCAAGAGAUGUCAAUUUAAUUAAUUUGGCGGAUUUAUGCUUAAUUUGAAUAAAAAAUUUACUUCAUAUGUUUUGACAUAUUUAAAAUGUCUUCGUUUCUCAAGAUUUCUCAGUACAAGGCCCUAGACUUGAUUCUUCGGGAAAUAUAACCAAGGAGUUGGCCCUGGGCAUCACCAAACAUCUGCAUGCUACUGACUCAUACAUAAUUAUACUUGUUUUAAAGCUGUCUUACUCGAAACAUGUUUUUAUAACUUGCCAAAAUCAUCUUUGUAAAUACUCAAAAGUAGUUUGAAAUACAACCUGGACAGAUAGUUAUAACUUGUUUACAUGAUACAUGUAUGUGUAAAAAUACUUGGAAGAAUAAUUUUAUUUUUUAGUAAGAUAUUAAGACUGUUUUUCAUUGUUUUGUUUUUGUAUACAAUAUAUUCAUUUAAUUGAAAAAAUUUAUGAAUGAUUAUUAUUUGUUCUACUUAUUAGUAAGAUUAAAUACUGAAAUACUAAUGGCUGUAUAUGCUGUGUUCUUACUUUAGAUAAAAUUCACGAUUUAGGCAAAAUGAUGCUUUAUGUAAUGUGAUACUUUAGGUAAAGUCUUGCUUUAGGUAAAGUCUUGCUUUAGGUAAAGUCAUGCUUUAUGUAAUGUGAUGCUUUAUGUAAAGUCAUGCUUUAUGUAAUGUGAUACUUUAGGCAAAGUCAUGCUUUAUGUAAUGUGAUACUUUAUGUAAAGUCGUGCUUUAGGUAAAGUCAUGUUUUAGGUAGGUCAUAUUUUGUUGUCACCUGCAUCAGUUUGUCUUUCCAGGGGUUUUUUUUGUGAACACUCUAAACAACACAUACAGUGGGAUACAGACCUUAAUAACCCAGAUAUUUAUGGUUCUAUAUUGAUUGUAACAAUCCAAUCUAAUAAGAAAGAUGGUGUUUUCCACUACAUAAAAUCUAACUUGCAGGUGGUUUAUUUAGUUAUACUGGGAGAGCGAGACGGAUGUCCUAACUUAAAAUUAAUUUUAGUUAAAAUAGUCCCUAAAAUGGUUUUGCAAAACACCAAUAUUUUAAGUUAAAUAAAGUAUUAACUUAAAAUACUAUUUUAAUGGAUUUUAGCUAAAAUGCUUAAAAUCGUUUUGUGAGACUCGCUUAUCUUAAUUAAGAUAGGUUGAAAUUUAGUUAAAGACAAUUUUAAGGAGAUUUAAGUUUUUGUGAAACGGGGCCCAGGUGUAUGAUGCCCAUAAUCACUAAUAUCAUAUUUUACAAUUAGUAUCAAUCAUUGUAUACAGUGCCAAAGUUUUAAGAAAGUUCUGGUUUAUUUAUCGUAGUUUUCUGUGAAAUAAAAAUCUUUUUGGCAGAAUAAAUUUCCAGAAAGGGUAUCUGUCAGCAUGUAUAUAUUAUAUUAUAGGUUUAUUUAAGAUAUGAUUUUAUAUUAACUGUAAAUAAAUGACAUAAUGAAUAUUGAUUUAAAAAGAAUUAUUAAUUGUGUGUAACAUGGCUUCAAAUAAUUCUACUGAAUAAUGAUAGGCUACUACUAGAAUUCCAUAAUAAAACUUUUUUUUACAUCAAAAUUAGAGCUGAAUUCACAGUCACUUAAAGAGAUUAAAAUACAACGUCUUACAUUAUAUUGACUAGUAUUCAACUGUGGUAUAGUCUAUUGUCGUACAGCUUUGCAUUCCAUAAUUACUAAUCUUCAUUGUCUGGUUGCCAGUAAUAUGUUUUUAAGCUUAAAUAAUAAUCUUAGGAACAGGUAUUUAUCCUUUUGGCAAGUCUAUUAUCAUAUUAAUUGUGAUUAUGUUGGGAUGGGUUUUUUUUUUUGUUCUAACUACGGUAGCCAUCUGCUCUAAAUCACUGCCGAUGCCACAACAUCUUAAUAAUUCCUUUCACUAACUUGAAAGAAGAUAAAUUAUCUUUUAAUAACUUUUAAUAAAGAAAAUCUAAACUUUUCUUUAUUAAGAAUGCAAUAAAAUCAAAAUAAUUGGCAGCAUAUACCAAAUAGUAAGAAAAUAAUUUAUGCGUUAGAAAUGAAAGAUGUUUGUUUUUGCACUAAAGAUAGUGUAUAUACUCAAACCACAUGAUGUAAUGGUGGCAAACGUAUUAAAGGUGUCAAUAUUGUAUUAGAAUCUUGUAUAAUCAAUUACUUUAGUUUUGCACACGAUUUUAAAUCACAGCACUCAUGUAUUAAAGUAUAAUGAAAAAAAAAUUACAUCAAUUAUUGUGUGUACAAUACAUUAUUUUAAUUGUAUGUACAAUGCAUGCAUUAUGUUAUUUGUAUGCACAGUGCAUUUUGUGAAUUGCAUGUACAAUACAUUAUGUUAAUUGUAUGUACAAUGCAUUAUGUAAAUUGUAUGUACAAUGCAUUAUGUUAAUUGUGUGUACAAAGCAUUUUUAAAAUUGUAUGUACAAUGCAUUAUGUUAAUUGUAUGUACAGUGCAUUAUGUUAAUUUUAUGUCAAUGUAUUAUGUUAAUUGUAUAUACAGUGUGUUGCAGCUUCCAUUCUGCUCAAAACAGAUUAAAUCUUGAAGGCCUUGGCAGAACACUUAGCAUACCAUACUGAUAUCUCACCAACAUUUUGUUGAGGACAAUUUGUCUUAGACAAGAAUUCUCUCUGUGUGAAAUAGCUUUAACAUCUGCUUCCACCAAGGUUAUCACCCAGGAUCACAGUUUUGAAUCAUAAAUAUUUACAUUGGUGAUUAACAUAUUUGUGAUAAUUAUAUAUAUAUAUAUAUAUAUAUAUCAAGAAUUUACAUCACCUUCAGGGUUAUAUGGCAAUGUUUAUUUUAACCAUACAAAGAUUGAUUGUUUCAAUGGCAUUUUGUAAUUGAACUGGAAAUACACAGGUAACAUUUCUAUGGAAUACAAUUACUGUUUUAUAUUCAGCGACAAUGUUUGGACUAGGAUUAUCAAGCAAUGAUAAAAUAUAAUUACCUAAAUUAAUUAGCAACAUGUAUAUAUGUCAUUGGUGUUACCAUCAACCAAGCUGUUUGUAUUGCUUUUUAUGUGUAUAUAUUGUUCCAUCAUAUUUUAUCACUUCUUGAAAUAGACUAGAGAAGUCGAAAUGUUGCUUAGUUAUAAACAGAAAUUGCAUUCAAAUAGAAUCAUGUCCUGUACACAUACAUGUACAAUGAUUGGUUUAUUCAGAGCUAAACGUUAUGACCACUAACAAAGGUAUCAAUAAACUAUCUGUUAUGAAAAAAUAGAUUGGCUGCCUGUCGAGUACAUUACAGCCAACGAAAUAUCGGGGAAAUUCUAUUGGGUGUUAUAAAAAAAAUGUUAUCUACCCUUAUGGUUCGUAAGUGAUGGAUUGUCUACAAGUAGACAAAUUGUUAGGAACAUUAUUCUAUUGGCCGUUAUAAUUUACCGCAGAUUCAUAUUUAUGUCAGGGAUGAAAACUGCCGACAGAUAAUGCUGAAGGGAAAUCGAUUGAUUUUGGAAUUGUAUCUAAACAUAAUCAGAAUAUUUAGUUUUUGUGCUUGUUUUGUGCACAUAUGAUAUUGGACUGCCAAUAAGAAAUUAAUGGAACCUUAAUUUUGAGAAAUCUCUGAGUUGGUGCCAGUGCUUCCUUAAAUUAAUGUAAAUAAUAAAAGAAAUUUGACUCCAUUAUAUGACUUCAUUGUUUUCCACUACCAGUGAUUUGGUUUUUUUCAUAGGUUUAAUGUAUGUUUGUUGUAAAGUCAUUAAAAUAUGAAUAAUAUUAUUGAAAAAUUUGAAAAUACUGAAUAGGUUUGUAUAGAAUCUUCUAUAUUUCUGGAUAUGAUGCAAUCAAAGCAGCCUAAUAAUAGAAAAUAAAAUCGUUAUUGAAACAAA